GUGUAAAGAAUCAGUGAACCAUUCAAACAUUAAUCUACAAUGGCAGACAAGAGACCAAAGGCUGGCUCCACAUCUUGCAGUGUACUAAGUUGGGAACAGGUCAGUCGCUUGCAUGAGAUCCUGUCAGAAGUGGUGCCAAUUCAUGGACGGGGCAAUUUUCCAACUCUGAAGAUAACUUUGAAGAAGAUCAUACAAACUGUUCGGAGCAGGCUGGAAGAAGCAAGUAUUCUAGUGCACGACAUUCGACUGAAUGGCUCAGCAGCUGGUCAUGUCUUGGUUAAAGAUAAUGGACUGGGUUGUAAAGAUCUAGAUCUUGUUUUCCAGGUGUCCCUCCCAAGUGAGAUUGAGUUCCAGUUGGUCAAAGAAGUGGUGCUGCAAUCCCUUUUAAAUUUUUUGCCGGAAGGUGUGAACAAACUCAAGAUUACUCCCAUGACUCUUAAGGAAGUAUAUAUUGAAAAGUUGGUGAAGGUAUCCACUGAAAAUGACCGAUGGAGCUUAAUAUCUCUCUUCAACAGGCACGGCAGAAAUGUAGAGCUCAAGUUUGUGGAUCGUAUACGGCGGCAAUUUGAGUUCAGUGUGGAUUCUUUUCAAAUAAUAUUAGACUCCCUGCUUUUUUAUUACGAGUGCUCAGCAAAUCCAAUGUCGAAGCACUUCCAUCCAACUGUCAUUGGGGAAAGUAUGUAUGGUGAUUUUGAGGCAGCCUUUCUUCAUCUUAAAAACAGACUGAUAACGACCAAGAACCCUGAGGAAAUUAGGGGAGGUGGGCUCCUGAAAUACAGCAACCUUCUUGUGAGGGACUUCAAGCCCAUGGACAAAGAGGAAAUCAAAACCUUAGAGCGCUACAUGUGCUCUAGGUUCUUCAUAGACUUCCCAAGUAUUCUGGAACAGCAGCGCAAAUUGGAAACCUAUCUGCAGAAUCACUUUGCGGAAGAGGACAGAAGCAAAUACGACUACCUAAUGACCUUGCGGAAAGUGGUGAAUGAGAGCACUGUAUGCCUCAUGGGACAUGAACGUAGACAGACCCUGAACUUGAUCUCCCUUUUGGCUCUCAGAGUUCUUGCGGAGCAAAACAUCAUCCCUAAUGUUACUAACGUCACUUGCUAUUACCAGCCAGCACCCUAUGUUAGUGAUGUAAAUUUCAGCAGCUACUAUGUUGCAGAUAUCUACGGCCAGGUGUGUCCCACCUGGCUGCCCUGCAAUUGAUUUGUCUUCAGCGCCUCCAUUCAGCCAGAAUGGAGCGUUUCCUGUAUUUCUCUUAGCUGCUUAAAUAGGACUAACGUUACCAAGCUUUAGUCAGGUCAUAAAUUAGUACUGCCGUUCAUAAAAGAAAAUCUCUUUUCUAUUUGUCCUAAUGUCUUUGUGCAAUUUUUAAGGCUGAAGUCUGAAAGAUGAUGUCCAGCGACACCAGAACAAUAAUAGAUACUUAAUUGCUUCCACGAUAUCUUAUUUUUUUGAAGUUUCAUUGUCUGCAAGUUCUGUUCCCAAUUUAAUGGAAGUAAUGAGGACUAAUCUGGUAUUCUUGUGCAGGAAAAAUAGCUAUAUUGUAGCACACAAUUAGCUGAUCAAAACCCCACUAAAAGGAAUGGAAUUGAAGCAGUUUAAAGUAGGUAGUAUGAGAGCCAUUUUCCUGAAAGUCUUAAUCAGCUUCCUUCUGGCACCAAAACGGUAAUAAUGAAAUUGUCUUUAAAAAAGAAAAUCCUUACAUUCCAGUUGGUGCAUUUUAGUUUAAAGAAAUUGGAUCCUGGAAACUUUGUGCUGGCAGAAAUUGAUUCCAAGAUACAUAGCUUUCGUGAUCUCUUCUUCUCACAAGCUUCCUCAGAAAUAUUUUGAGACCUUCCUUGAAGGAGGAAGGUGACCGCAAUGGAGGCAAAGAAAGUCUAAACCUUUUUAGGAGGGCAGCCUUGGCAAUGGGGAGCUCUUGAUUUGUAGCAGUCUCAAAGCAGAAGGCCAUGAUUUCUUCUAGCCAGUUUGGAAGACUGCCAAACAAAGGAGGAAGCAGGAAAGUACUCUUGCAAGGGUAAUAUCGGAUAUUUGCCUUUUCUUAAUAAUGCAAUCCAAAAAUUCUGUGGAAAACCUUUUAGGUAGCAAAACAAUUACUGGAAAACAUAGAGGUUUAUGAAUCUGUAGUUUGGAAUUCUUAUUUUCCCCUGAAACUCAGCAUAUACAGAAUAUGGAGUUAGUAUUUUUCUAAAAUUAUAUUGAAACUUAUAGAUUUUUUUAAAAUAUAUAUAUUUUCAAUCAAGAUGACAAUCCCAAGAAAUGAAUUCAAACCAAAAAAUAUAUAAAUAUAUGAAACCAGAUUAUGAGAGGGUGGUAAGGGUAGGAAUUUAUGCUAUUGAUGAUGUGAGUAGCAAUAACUGCAGUAGAAAUGAUGGUUUCAAUAGUUACCCGAGAAUAAAAUACUCCAAUUAGCACUCAGUUAACAUUCCAAAUUCUUGGAAAAAAUUCUUAAAAGUGAGUUCAGUUUAAAGCAGUUAUAAAUCUCUAAUUCUUCCUGUUCAGGGUUUAUUGGUACUUGUAGAUUUUUAGGAAGCCUCUUAAAGUUCAAUGGUAUAGAAAUGAAAGAAGGGCUUUGGUGAAUAAAUGAAGGUUUUGUGAGAAGGAAAUCUGUCAAGCAUGCUUUGAUAGCUCCACUGACUUUUUCAUAAAGAAGAGGGCUCAAGACACUUGUGCGGAAUUCUUUCUCAAUUGCACUUUCUUGGCAGCAAAGCUAAUAGCCAUAAGGAAUACUUUGCUAGAUUAUUGAAGAAAUUCAUGGUUGAUUAGCAUAGAUUUACCAAAUCCAGAUCUCAGCAGAACACCUAAAAUUCCUAAAUCGUCUAUUAAAUACAGAAAGAAGAUAGAUAGUUUUCAACCUAUAGAGUUUUUUAACAGGUUUUCUAUUCCAAAAAGCUAUUUAUUAAACUGGUAUAUUUGUAUUAUAGCAUAAGCAUAACAUUUCCAGAAAAGGGAACAAGGGUAAGUAUAGGACAGGGUAAUGACAAAGAAAAACAUGUUUGGAAAUGUUCAUUACUGACUAAUAGAAAUCCUUAAGUUUCUCUCAAUAAAAGUUCAAAAUAGGAUAGCUUUUUAAAAAAGCAGUAUUUCUUCUGUAACUUAGAGAUAAAUUCUUAUCUGUGGAAAGGUGGAUAACCUUGGCAGUGCUAAAGUGGCACCACCUUGUUGAAUUCCUUCUUGAAUCAAACUGAUAAGCAGAGAAACGUUGAGUCCUAUUUCAGUUGCUGUAGUUAAGCUACAUGUUUUGCUUGACCAUAUCAAAUUGCUGAAAUUAAUUGCACUGGAUUAUUCAAAAACAGAAACAAAGUAAAAAAGUUAAAAAAAAACAAUGUGAUGCUCAUGAAAAGAUUUAUUCUGCUUCCUGUUGUAGAAUUGCACCUUAUGAUGAGAGGGGAAUGUAAAAUAGAAUUGUAUCACAAAAGGGCGCAAUAAGCUGAAGUUUAAACCUUUAAUAUUAAAUUCAAAGCUGAAAUUCAUAGAUGAUGCCUAAUGAUUUUUUACACUGGUAGAAACUUACUUUGUAAGCAUUUCUGGCAAGUACGUGUUUCUCUAAAUUGCAAAAUUAUUGUUAGUUGCUAGAUAAGUAUGAUAGCUUUGGAAAGGGCUGUUGGCAUGCCCCUGAUUUUGGUUUUCUUAAACUUGAAAGCUUAAAGUAAAAUAUUUUGGUCAAUUGAA